AUGCACACUGGGGCACGUCCCUACACGUGUGGAGAAUGUGGGAAGAGCUUCAGCCAGAACUACCACCUCCGCACCCACCAGCGCAUCCACAGCGGGGAACGGCCCUACAAGUGUGAGGAAUGUGGGAAGAGCUUCAGCCGGAGGUACCACCUCUGCACCCACCAGCGCAUCCACAGUGGGGAACGGCCGUACACAUGUGAGGAAUGUGGGAAGAGCUUCAACCGGAGCUUUCACCUUCGUUCCCACCAGCACAUCCACACUGGAGAAUGUCCUUACACAUGUAGGGAAUGUGGGAAGAGCUUCAGUCACAGCUCCACCCUCCGCAAACACCUUCGCAUCCACACUGGGGAACGGCCCUACAAGUGCUUGGACUGUGGGAAGAGGUUUCCAACCAGGGGGAAUCUCUACACGCAUGAGCGGACGCACACGGCUGAGAGGCCCUUCUGCUGCAUCGACUGCGGGAAACGGUUCAAGGAGAAAUCCCAUCUUGUCACCCACCGGCGCAUCCACACCGGGGAGAGGCCCUACAAGUGUGGGGAGUGUGGGAAGAGAUUCACCCAGAUCGGUGUCUUGACCAAACACCAAUGGACCCACCAGUAA